UGAUUACUAAGCAUCCCUGGAUUCGUUUUUUUCACUUGUUGGCAGACCUACCCAGUGUAUGUUUAUCUGCCAUGCCUCUGUGUACUCUAGUAGAAACAUAAUUUAUGACGAAGAACAUGUUUGCUCUAUGUGAUGAUGUAUAAUCUCGCCACUCACUUACAUUCAAUACCCUAUGAAUAGGUGAUGAUUAUGAUCUUCGGGGAACAACCCCCAGUGUUCUCCAAAAGUCCAAAUGCUCCUGGAAGCUCGCGACCUGCACAAUCUAAGCCACAGUCUACGCCCUACCCAAGCUCAACCGGCAUGUCUGUGGCAUUUCCAAUGCCAACCCCCGGUGGUACUGCCAUGUACCCCAAUAGUACUCCGUCAUACAACCCUAAUUACAACUCGAAUAACAACAACACACUCAGUAUAACGGACCAACACAUUCGCAUAAGCCUCUUGUCAGCUGUGGAAAGUAGAAUUACUGACAGAGCACUUGAAUUUGAGCAAAAGUCCAAAGCCGAGGAAGAAGUCCUUCGAAAAACGAAUGAAGAGCUACAGGCGGGAAAGCAGAAGUUAGACCGUUAUAUGUCCGAUAUGGAAAGAGAUUGUAGGGAAAUGGAAUCAAAUCUCACCGUACUGAAAGAAAAGAGUGAACAACUCAAACAGUCAAUCGAGCAAAUGUCGUGGGAUUCGGAAAAAGGGGGUCUUGAUGUAGACAACGCUGUUACUCCUACAGCGCCAUUAUACCGCCAACUUCUUCAGGCGUAUGCCGAGGAAAGUGCAGUGGAAGAUGCCAUCUACUACCUUGGAGAGGGUUUGCGGAAAGGCGUUAUUGAUCUAGACACCUUUUUGAAACACGUGCGUGAGCAAUCGCGAAAGCAGUUUAUGCUACGAGCGUUGAUGCAGAAAUGUAGGCAAAAGGCCGGACUUCCGCCUGUCUAAGUACCCAGAUGCCAUUCUUCUUUUUUGGCCUUUAUAUAAAUAAAGAACGUGGACUUAACGCACGAUCUUAACCAUUUGUUUCGGUUUAACACAACAAUUACAAAAUAGAGUUGGAGACUAAAUGGUAUAGACAGAUGUUAAAUUAGCAGUAGAAACUAUUUAAAGUGACUUCAUUGAAGACAAUGUACGAUGGGAUGAAGACGGCUAGAAUGAGAAGCUUUUCGGGGGACCGGUGUAGUUAAUUUUAAGGAGCCAUUAUUUCUGCAACAGUAAUACUAUUUACAAUAACUGUUAUUAAAUCUGUACGUGUUGCUGUCUGCUGAGUACUAAGAAGUUCAGUAAAUUGACCUACCCACUACAAAGGAAACAAUAAUGUUUGAGUGAGGAAAACGAGACUGAAGCAUUCAUCUGUUUUAACAUAAAUAUUUAUAUAUAACUAUAAUUAUGGCCGCAGUUUCAACACCAUCCUUAAAAAUAUGAUUAUACACUUGAUCUAACGUAAUAAUAAGCAGUCGGCUUAUGUAAGACAGAUGGCGUGCGAUAUAGAAGUGAUUAUGAAAUUAAUAAAUCUAAGGUAUAUAUUCU